CGCUGUGUUGGUGAAUAUUGGGCGCGGUGGCGUUGUGAACCAGCCGGACCUGUAUGAAGCUCUGAAAACAAAACAAAUAUUCGCUGCGGGUUUGGAUGUGAUGACUCCGGAACCACUGCCCGCCGAUGAUCCGCUUUUGAGUUUACCAAAUAUUGUUCUUCUUCCCCACUUGGGCUCAGCCACCGAGCGCACUCGCAACGAUAUGGCCACAAUAGCUGCGCAUAAUGUUUUGCGCGGACUGGCUGGUGAACCGAUGUUCUCGCCUGCAUAUCAAUUAUAGAUGAUGUGACAAGUUUUUUAUACAGAUCUAUUCAUUUAUCGAUGUAAAUGUGGAAGUAUUAAAUUGUUGCAAUAAAAAUGUGCAAAUGAGUGUAA